GCGGAAGUAACACAUACGUCACCAUAAUGGAGGGAGUAAGAGUGUUUCCCCUGACCUGUGCAGUGCAGAAUUACUCGUGGGGAAAGGUGGGGCUGGACAGCGAAGUGGCCAAACUGGUGGUUGGCGGAGACCCUCUCGCUGUCAUCGAGGAAGGCAAGCCCUAUGCAGAGCUGUGGAUGGGUGCCCAUCCAAAGGGCGACUCCCAGAUUAAAGACAACAGGAUAGCACAGACCACACUGGGUCAGUGGAUCGCACACUUCCCAGCAUGCCUUGGCUCCAAAGUCAAGGACAGCUUCCAGGGUCAGCUGCCGUUCCUCUUCAAAGUUCUGUCAGUCAACACAGCUUUGUCCAUACAAGCCCAUCCAAACAGGGAGUUAGCCGCCCAUCUCCACUCUCAGUUUCCGGAGCACUACCCAGACGACAACCACAAGCCAGAAAUGGCCAUCGCUCUCACCCACUUCCAGGGCCUCUGUGGCUUCAGGCCAGUGGAGGAGAUCCUUGGAUUCCUCAAAGCUGUCCCUGAGUUCCACGCUUUGGUGGGCAACGAGGCGGCCGAGGAGCUGCGACGUGGGGUGGGCGAUGCAGAUCGCACCAAGCGGGCCCUGAAGAAGUGCUUCACCAGGAUGAUGAACUGCGAGAAGAAGGUGUUUGUGGAUCAGCUCAACAUGCUGGUGAAGAGAGUCACUGAGGAGGGCGCGGCGGGCAAGGACACGUCCAGCAGCAAUGGCGAGCUGUUGCUCCGCCUCCAUUCCCAGUACCCGGGAGACAUUGGCUGCUUCUCAAUCUACUUCCUGAAUCAUGUGGUCUUGGAUCCGAACCAGGCCAUGUUCCUCGGAGCCAACGAGCCUCACGCUUAUCUGUACGGAGUAAACGUUUCAGAUCCCAGUUCAGUCAAGUGGAAGUGGUCUGAAAGUGCUUUGAUUCCAGACUGCAUCGAGUGCAUGGCGUGCUCCGACAACACGGUGAGAGCCGGCCUGACCCCCAAAUACUUGGACGUCAACACGCUGUGUGAGAUGCUCACCUACGACCCCGCUCCCUCCGCCGCCAAAAUGUUCCCAGCGGUCCCGGACCACUCGGACCCUUGCGUGAGCGUCUACGACCCACCGGUGCCGGACUUCACCGUCAUGAGGAUACAGGUCCCGGCCGCCAUGAAGCAGUACACCGUGGCAGCCGUCGAUAGCGCCAGCGUCCUGCUGGUCAUCGCAGGGGACGCCACCGCCACCUCGGCCGCCGCGCUCUCCGAUGUCACCCUGCGGCGAGGCACCGUCCUGUUUGUGUCAGCCAAUGAGAGCCUGCUCCUGCACGUGACCUCCGCAGCGGGCGUGACCAUGUUCCGGGCAUGCUGCCUCCUGUAGGCGUGGGAAGGUACGAACUCAGCACCUGACGCGCCGGCCUCGAACCUUGGCCGACUUUUUUUUUAGCGGCGCAAAUACAUCCAUUUUUAUCCAUAGCAUUUAAAUAAUUCAGUACCCAAAUAAUUCCAAUCGGUGCUAAAUGAAGAUCACAUUAUGACUGCCAUAUUUUCUCAAUUUAAAAUCAUAUUACUUGAAUGUUUGCUACUCACAAAGAUAAGGGAAAAGUUGGAGGGACUAAGGCUAGGUUCACACUGCAGGGUAUGAUGCCCAAUUGUUCUUAAAAUACCCUAUUUUUAUGUUAUCGUUCAUAUUACCCCAAAAUAUGCAAGGUGUGCCUGUUAAGUGAGACACACGUGCACUAAACAUGGCGUCACACAUGUUUACUCAGGAUGUCCCGAUCAACACUUGUGGCUUCCGAUCACAAUCCAGUCUUUCAGUAUCGCGAUACGAUACUUUGACAAUAGAUUGUAGAAGUGAAACUGUUUUAUAGCUAGUAACUAAAGUAGGGCUGCAACUAGGGUUGUAUGGUAAACCGGUAUUAGUAUAGUAGCGUGAUACUAAAGUUAAAAAGUUAAAGUACCAAUGAUUGUCACACACACACUAGGUGUGGCAAAAUUAUUCUCUGCAUUUGACCCAUCACCCUUGAUCACCCCCUGGGAGGUGAGGGGAGCAGUGAGCAGCAGCGGUGGCCGCGCCCGGGAAUCAUUUUUGGUGAUUUAACCCCCAAUUCCAACCCUUGAUGCUGAGUGCCAAGCAGGGAGGUAAUGGGUCCCAUUUUUAUAGUCUUUGGUAUGACUCGGCCGGGGUUUGAACUCACAACCCACCGAUCUCAGGGCGGACACUCUAACCACUAGGCCACUGAGCGGGUUACUAAUGAAUCAUAUACGGUACUAUACCGCCUCUGAAGAAUACCGGUCCGCCACACCCCCGUCACGUCAUGUCAUUGCUGGUUUACGAGCAGACGAGCAUGUUCGGCAGCGCACAAUCACAGAGUACUUACAAGCAGACAAGGUGUGUAGACAGAAAGGGGAGAACGAAAACAUUUUGGCUUGAAAACUAAAGAUAAAGGUGAAGUUAUAACACUGCAACGCCCUCAGGAAGAGGUGCUUUAAGACAUAGCUAGCUAGCUAGCGGCUAAAGUCCAGCCCCAGUUUGCAGUGUUUUAGCUACCGUACUUCUAAAUCACUAAUCCUCGCCUCCACGGCGACAAAUAAAGUAAAUUUCUUCCAAGUAUCAUCCCU